AUGCCAAUCCUUGCAACAGAAUCUGUUGAAGCAUCAUCAACUGAUCUUAAACAAGAACAAUCAUCAGUUCAAAUUAAAGAUGUUAAAGAUGAUUCCGAUGAAUCUUCAUCUGAAGAAUCUGGAAAUGAAGGUGAAAAAGAUGAUGAAGCAAAACAAUCUCAUCCAUUAGCUGAAGCAGCUGGAAUUGAUGAAGAAUUACAAUCAAAACAAAAACAAACUCGAUCAGAAAAGAAAGCUCGUAAAGCUAUGGCUAAACUUGGUUUACGUCCAAUUCCAGGAAUUCUUCGUGUAACAAUUCGUAAAUCAAAAAAUAUUUUAUUUGUUAUACAAAAACCUGAUGUUUAUAAAAGUCCAGCAUCAGAUACUUAUAUUGUUUUUGGUGAAGCCAAAAUUGAAGAUCUUUCUCAAAGAGCACAAAUUGCUGCUGCUAAUCAAUUUAAAACUCUUGGACAAAAUCAAGCAGGAGCUAAUGCCAAUUCUAAUGAUCAAACAUCAAAUCAAAAUAAUAAUGACAAAUCACAAACAGACAAAACUUCUAAUAUUCAAUCUAAUAAUAAAACAGAAACUAUUCAAGAAGAAGAUGAUGAAGAUGAACAGGUUGAUUCACAAGGUAUUGAAGAAAAUGAUAUUCAAUUAGUUAUGUCUCAAUCGAAAACAACACGUUCAAAAGCUAUUAAAGCUUUAAGAAAAUGCAACAAUGAUAUUGUUAAUGCCAUUAUGGAAUUGGCUGAAUGA